GUUUGCCCUCCAUCCUAAUGCAGUCGGCCAAUCGCAUUCAUUGUGUGCUCUCUGUUUCCUUGUUGUUGAGAGGAUUUAUCUCAAAGUUGCAUGAUUUGGCCACACUUCUUCGUUGUCAGCAUUGAGGAGGCGACACAGACCAAACGACUUUGCAGAAUUGCACAUAGAGUAUCGCGAUGGCUGAAGUGAAGCUGCACUAUAUCAAUGUCAGAGGCAAGAUGGAAUCAAUCCGCUGGCUUCUGACCGUGGCGCAGGUUGAGUUUGAUGAGUUUUUUCUAACAACCCGGGAGGAGUACCUCAAGCUGCUUAAUGACGGAGACCUCAUGUUCCAGCAGGUCCCCAUGGUGGAAAUAGACGGCAUGAAGCUCAUUCAGACCAAAGCCAUCUUGAAUUACAUUGCGGAGAAGUACAGUCUUCACGGCAAAGACAUCAAAGACCGUGUCAUGAUCAACAUGUACUCAGAGGGACUGAUGGAUCUGAAUGAGAUGAUCAUUACGCUGCCUUUCAGUACUGAUGAGAAGAGCAAACUGGACAUUAUUGAGACCAAAGCCAAAGAGCGCUACCUGCCUGUCUUUGAAAAGCAACUGUGUGAUCACAUUUACCUGGUGGGAGGUAAAGUCAGCCUUGCGGAUGUGCUGCUGCUCGAGUGCACCCUCAUGUUGGAGGAGAAAUUUCCUGGAAUCCUCGGUGACUUCCGCAACAUCAAGUCCUUCCAGGGUCGCAUGACACAAAUUCCUGCCAUCAGCAGAUUCCUGCAGCCGGGAAGCAAGAGAAAGCCCCAGCAAGACAAAACGCUCACAAAAACUGUCAAUGAAGUCUUCAACUACAACAUAAAAAUCCCAUGAAAUUCCUCUGCCACUCAAUGAACAAUGAGUCAACAUAUUGCACAUUUAAAGUCCAUGUGUGUAUUAGGAAUAAAACACUGCACUUCAUCAAAGGUCUG